UGAUGGAUCAGAGGCACAGAACUCGCUCUCGCAGCGUUAUCGAGGCGCUCGCCACCGCUACGCGCAGAACCGUGCCGCGUGGCGGAGCAGAGCGCCGUGUGUGUGUCGGGAUGCCGUGGAGCGUCUUCGUGUCACAAGCCUGAGAGCCACCUCGGUGUUAAUGGAAGAAGAAACGCGGACGUCGGGGAGUUAAUUAUCCACCGAGGGGGUCUUGUUUGAUUAUUUCUGUUACCUCGAGCCAAAACGAGUCACACCCUCGUCACAUUUUCCUCGAGUUCUCUACCCCUCUCCUUCUCUCUCUGUGCGCACUCAAUUAAACGCGUGCGGUGUCUGCCCCGCACGUUGGGGCCAUAAAGUUCACGCGGAGGCCACGCGUGAGUGUGAGAGAGAGGAAAAACAACACACACGCAUUUAUUUUUGAAGGCUCAGCCCAUUGAUAUAGCAGCUGUCGGAGGACAUGCAUCGGAGGGGUGCGUCUCGUCUGGCUCUCAUCACCGCCAGCGUCAAAGUCGGCGUCAUCGCCCUCGCCAUCCUCGCCAUGUGCGCACCCGCCCGCCUCGCCGGGCUCGCCGUGCCAGAGGCGCUCCCAGGGAAUGGAAGUCUCUGCUCCUCGGAAGGUGGCCUCUGUACGGGAGCAGCAGCAGGCAUGAGCGCCGGCCGGCCCGACUGCUCCCAGGCGCGCUGCCCCGUGCGCUUCUCCACGCGCUGCCCGCCCGACUCGCUGCUCGUGGAGGGCACCAUGCCCCCCGAGGGCUGCUGCCCGCUGCCCAGCCGCUGCGAGUGCCGCCCGCGGGAGCGCUGCCCCCCGGCCGUGUGCUCGCCGGGCGCGACGCCCACGCGGCUCGCGUCUGCCGACGGCACCCCGGGCCGCUGCUGCGAGCUGUACGCGUGCCGAGCAGACGUCGGAGGCAGCGUGGAGAAGCCGGGCCCUGCCGGGUGCCUGGCGGGGGGCAAGAUGCGCGCGGAGGGCUCCCGCUGGCGCGAGGACGCCUGCACCAAGUGCCGCUGCGUGGGCGGGAGCGAGCAGUGCGUCACGCAGGCGUGCGGGCAGCACUGCGAGAAGGGCGCACGCGUCCCCGGCGAAUGCUGCCUGCGCUGUCCAGGGCCAGAGGAGUCAUCAUCGGUGACCGCUUUGCCCCUGACCUGCGACCCUCUGACCUGUAACCUCACGGAGGAGAGCUGCCCCUACGGCUUCCAGCUGGACGAGAAAGGCUGCCGCUCCUGCGGCUGCAAGACGAGGCACGAGUUCUGCAAGGUGCUGCUGGCGGGCUGCUCCCUCGAGUGCCCGUUUGGUCGCCGCCUGGGCCCCCACGGCUGCGAGAUGUGCCGCUGUCGCCCCAAGCCCAAGCGCUGCCGCCCACUCGUGUGCUCCAAGGCCUGUCCCCACGGAUACAUACGGACGCGGCACGGCUGCGAGACGUGCCGCUGUGUGCGCUGCGCGGCGCUUUCCUGCGACAAGAAGUGUGCCCACGGAUACGAGGUCAACGGCAAGGGCUGCCCCACCUGCAAGUGCCGAGCGCUGUCCUCCGAGGGCCCCGUGGCUCCGUUCUGCCUCUCGGGCGACGGGCGGCGCUACCGGGACGGCGACGAUUGGCACGACGGCUGCCGCUCGUGCACGUGCCUGGCGGGGCGCGAGAUGUGCACGCUGCUCACCUGCGCGUUGCCCCGCUGCGCUGCCCCCACGAUGCCCGCGGGAGCCUGCUGCCCCACCUGCCCAGGCCAGAGGAUGGUGGCGGACCUGGCACCGCAGCCCAAGGACCCCGCGGUGUGCGUCACCCCUGCGGGGCUGCCCGUGUCGGGCGGGGAGACGUUCCGUCUCGACGGCUGCACGCGCUGCCUGUGCCGAGCCGGCCGGGUUCUGUGCGACGCCGAGGUGUGCCCCCCGCUGCCCUGCCAGGACGCCGUGAGGACACCCGGAUCCUGCUGCCCAAUGUGCCCCCCAGCGGCCACCGCCGCCGCCGCAGCGACUCCCACGAGCAACGCGUCGCACGGGGCAGUCAACAACAACAACAGCGACGAGUCUCGCGGGGCAGUCAACAACAACAACAACAGCGACGAGUCGCCGCCGGCAAUGUGCCGCUCCGCCUCGGGCGCCAUGUUCCUGGCGGGAGAGGCGUGGAAGCGAGACGCGUGCACGAGCUGCGCAUGCGCCGCGGGCGAGGUCACCGUGCCACGCGCCGCGCUGCCCGCCCGCCACGUGCGCGCGCCCCGUGCUGCGCAAGGGGCAAUGCUGCCCAUACUGCCCCCAUGCCGAGCAAAACCACAUCCCAGAAGCGAGGCGCAAGGGGGCUGCUGCUGCUGCCGCCGCCGCCGCCCUGGGCGAUGGCUCCGUCUCUGCGGGCGGCUCACGUGACGGUCCUACCACCUCCAGCGGCGGUGGCGGCGUGGCCGGCGGAGUCGCCUGGGGGCUGGCCGUGUCCGCCGUCUCGUCGGCCGCCCUCGCUGUCCUCCUCUACCUCAAUCGCAAGAACCGCUGGCUCAACCUGCCCU